AUGCACUCUGCCCCAAUCAGCCGGAUAGCUAAAUGGUUCAAAUAUUGCGAGAUAUGUUAUAUUGUCAUUGUCGAACUACUUGCUAAACAUUGCACAACAUUACUCCACUAUUCGUCAAGGACAUUAAAUGCACGUCCCAGCGGCGAAGUUGUUCGCAGCGCGGCAGAUUGUGACAGCUGUCCUCGGUGUGGACGAGUCCAUUUUCCAGUGCUCAGCUGA